GCAGCGUGGGCCCGCCUGGCAUCAUUUUCUGCAGUUUCUCAUUCUAAUUAAGGCACUGAUGAUUUGCUGGUAAGGCACUGGUGAGGGCUUGAAGGGACCCAAUCCCCGGUGCCUGGCCCCUCACUGCUUGCAAAGCAGCAUCCUGGCCACUGGGGCAGUAGCCUCUGUUCAGCAGUGCUCACCAUAGGCCCAGGUUCAAGCUCUUCCGCGGGCGCCAAGAUGAGUUGUGGCACCCCUGAUUUAUUGAUGAGUUAACAGAGCUUCGAGAUGUUCAUCCUGGGUAACCAACUAGCAGUCCUCGGCAGAGCUGAAAUCAAAGCUACCCUUUGAAACCCCCGCCACCCUGGCUGCCUGUCCCUUCCUGAAGGCCAAUUUCUUUUUUUUACUAGCCGUCUCUCUGGUCUGUCCUUCUCGCCCUCCAGGAGAUCUGGGGCCCCAACCACAUCUUGUCGCGCCAGGGCUGGAAGGGAGUUUGGCACAGGGCAUGGACUGUGUAAAGGAGCGCUGUGUUGGCUGGAACCUUCCUGCGUCUGGUACCAGACCUUCAGCUGGGGGAAAGGUGGAAGGUGCCCUCCCGCAGGGCCUAAGGUCAACAGGAGGCCUCACGGGAGUUCCAGUGACUUCUACAGGUGCCUUGUAGAAGGUGCGUCCACCCUCCUCAUCUUCCACAGACGCCUUUCCUGGACCAGCUCCCUGUCCAUUGCCACACAAAAGCUACCAAAAGAGCACAAGCACUCCAGAUCAGCAGCCCUGCCCGACCCCCGCCUCCCGCAGAAAGCCCACCCGUUCCUAGACACGUCCCACGGAAGCACAGGGCAUAGCGCAAGGCCACAGUCCCACCAGCCCCAAAGCGGCCGCUUCCACGGAACAGUCCUGAGGCCGGGCCUGGCCACCCUGCGCGCGAAUGAGCCGCGUGCCUGGCGCGCAGCGGCAGCCGAGGAAGCAGCAGCGCCCCCUCGUCCGAGCCGCGGCGCGCUCGUCCUCCCAGCCCGGCCCGCUCCUAGCAACGCGGGGCGUCCCCAACGACAAAGACCGGGGCCGGCGCGCGGGACUCUGCGUGAGACGAGCGCCGGGGCUCCCGGAGCGGGUGAGGCAACCUCCGGGAGUGGGGACACCCAGCCCCGGUCUCCCUUAUCGGGGCCCCCUCAGGCCAGCUGGGCCCGGGAUCCCCUCUAGCGUCCUCUGCCCACACUGGCCCGAAGCCCACAGGCGGCCAUUGCCUGGGUUGCGUUUUCCGUGGCGGGGAAGCGCCGGUCCGUACCCACGAGAGACCCCAAGCCCUCCACGCGAGGACGCCCCGCGCCUCCUCCCCACCACAGUCACUGUCUGCAAACCGUCUGGCCCGGGGCUGGGGAUCCGAGUGAGGCGAGGGGAGGGACUAUGGGAAGAAGAGGGGGAAAGUGGGGCAUCCGUAGGGCAUGGAGGACAGCGGUCCCAAGCCCUGGGGCCCCAGGCUUCUCCCAAAGGCCGCCCGUUCCCAUCACCCGAGGGCUGUAAUCCCUCCCGCCCUCCCGCGGGUCCGGAAGCUUCCUCAUCUCCCUACCUCCCACUGCACUGCCGGUUUCCCUGGGUUACCAAGGAGAAGCCAGCGCCUCUACACCCCCAGGUAGGAUGGGGGAGGGACUCCUGGCCUUUGGAGCUGAGCUUCCCUGCUGGGGUGCCUGAGCUGAAGGUAGGGAGGAGGGGUGGGAGCAGACCCGCUGGAGUCCCUUUUGAGACAACAGACCUGAGUGGUCAGGAGUUGGGAGGAGGCUAGCCCAGGGGCUGUGGUAAGUGACCUGGCGGUUUCACCCAGCCCAAGUCCAAGCACGCAGGCCGAGGCUCAGUUGGAGAAAGUUUUUUGCCCUUCCACAAGUGGAAUUCCCAACUUGGGAGUGACUUACCCCAAAGUAAGACAUGGUGGGCAUGAAGGAUGUGGAGGUGGGUGUAGACAAAAGCCCAGAGCCCUGAGAACAGAGGAGGGCUCUCCUGAAGGGAUCUGGGGUGGGAGCGGCUGAGAAGGCAGUCAGAGCAGUGGGUGCAAAGCCAGCUCCUGGGGAAGUGUCCCAGGCACAGAGGCGCUCUCUGCCCAAAGAGGGCUGGGUGUCUCCACUUCUCCGCUAAGAGGAAGGGAGGAGGGGACAGUUGAGGACCAGAACUGUGAUGCACAAGAAGAUCCCUCCCUGUUUCAAGGACCUGCCAGUCUGAGAAGCUUCUUGUCAUAAGGCCAUCCAGGGGCCACCCGCCCCUAUAUUGCCAGCCUCCAGCAUGCAGGAUACUGUAACAACAUCAGCAUUGUUGGACCCCAGCCACUCCUCAGUCUCCACCCAGGACAAGUCCUCCACUGGAGGACACACUUCAAGCACAGGCCCACAGCUCUCAAAGCCUUCAGUCACACCAGUCCCUGCAAAGUCCAGGAACCCACAUCCUGGGGCCAAUUUCCGUCGCAUGCGCCGGAUCAUUGCUGAGGAUCCUGAGUGGUCACUGGCCAUCGUGCCCCUCCUCACAGAGCUCUGCAUUCAGCACAUUAUCAGGAACUUCCACAAAAACCCUAUCCUGAAGCAGAUGCUCCCGGAACACCAGCAGAGGGUCCUGAACCACCUGCCCCCUGACCUACCACUGGCUGUGACCGCCAACCUGAUAGACAGUGAGAACUACUGGCUCCGCUGCUGCAUGCAUCGCUGGCCCGUGUGCCACGUGGCCCACCAUGGCGGCAGCUGGAAACGCAUGUUCUUCGAGCGGUACCUGGAGAACCUGCUAAAGCACUUUAUCCCAGGCACCACAGACCCUGCGGUGAUCCUCGACCUGCUGCCGCUCUGCCGGAAUUACGUGCGCAGGGUCCACGUCGAUCAGUUCCUUCCGCCGGUGCAGCUCCCGGCCCAGCUCCGGCCGGGCGACCAGUCCGACUCAGGCAGCGAGGGAGAGAUGGAGGAGCCCACCGUUGACCACUACCAACUGGGCGAUCUGGUAGCUGGCCUGAGCCACCUGGAGGAGCUGGACCUGGUGUACGAUGUCAAGGACUGCGGCAUGAAUUUCGAGUGGAAUCUCUUCCUCUUCACCUACCGCGACUGCCACUCCUUGGCAGCCGCCAUCAAGGCAUGCCACACCCUCAAGAUCUUCAAGCUGACCCGAAGCAAGGUGGAUGAUGACAAGGCACGCAUCAUAAUUCGAAGCCUUCUGGACCACCCAGUCCUCGAGGAGCUGGACUUGUCACAAAACCUCAUUGGGGACCGUGGUGCACGAGGUGCCGCCAAGCUGCUGAGCCACAGCCGCCUGCGUGUGCUAAACCUGGCUAACAACCAGGUGCGUGCGCCCGGUGCCCAGUCCCUGGCUCACGCUCUGGCACACAACACCAACCUCAUUUCCCUCAACCUACGUCUCAACUGCAUCGAGGAUGAGGGUGGCCAGGCUCUUGCCCAUGCCUUGCAGACCAACAAGUGCCUCACCACGCUGCAUCUUGGUGGCAAUGAGCUGUCUGAGCCCACCGCCACACUCCUGUCACAGGUGCUCGCCAUCAACACCACACUCACCAGCAUCAACCUGUCCUGCAACCACAUCGGGCUGGAUGGUGGGAAGCAGCUCCUGGAAGGCAUGUCAGACAACAAGACCCUCCUGGAAUUUGACUUGCGCCUGUCAGAUGUGGCCCAGGAAAGCGAGUACCUCAUUGGCCAGGCCCUCUACGCAAACCGAGAAGCAGCCCGCCAGCGGGCCUUGAAUCCCAGCCACUUCAUGUCAACCAUCACUACCAAUGGCCCUGAGAACUCUGUGGGAUAAAAUGACCUGACUUGGAUCAUGGCCCCAGCCCCAUCCCUCAUUUCAUACCCCUGCCAUGCCUGCUUGCAGAGUAUCACACUGGUUCAGAGGGAGCUGGAGAGGGACCGUGAAUAACCUUGGAGUGAUCAAGGGUUGUAUGGAUGGAGACAUGAGGCAGGGAAGGGAGCCUGGCAUUGGGGAAGAAAGGGUAUGCAGUAGGGACCCAGCCUUUGUGCCCAGGGAAAGGAUAUUACUGGGCACUCACAAAUGACCAACUUCUUUCAGGAAUAGGGAAGUCAGAGAGGUGUCUGAGGGACUGUACCUGCCAGAUUCUCCCAUGGGAGCUGCCUGCCUCCCUGACUCCCCACCAUUUUCUUCCCUACCAAACAGAUCCUUGAUCUUCAAACACACACACACACACACACACACACACACACGCCCUCUGGCUACAGCAGAGCUAUGCCUGGCUCUCUCUGCCACCCUCAUCCCUGUAGAUGCAUUUCCCUGUUGCUUGACUCUGCUUCAAGUGAUCCAGUUCUACAGGCCACGCCAUCCCCUAGUUCCCCAACUCCCAACCUGGGAAGGGGACAACGAGCUGACACCAGGGGCUCAGACCCAGUGGACUCUUCUGGGGAGGCAGCUGUAGAUGACGACUUCCAGGGAAGGAUGACACAAUCCCUGCCACCCACCCCAGAGAGCUUCCCUGGGAGGGAGGGAAAGAGGUACCACACUGGGACAGGAAGUCAGUGAGUCAUCCACGACUUUAUUAUCCACCAGUUUGAUUUGUACAAUCUUUGCGCUUAAAUCCACGACAAAAAGGCCACAGUGUGAUGCACCCAAUUGACAGAGACCUGUCUUCUCCCCAGCCAGGCCCAGCCCACCCCACAAGCCCUUGUCCCCAGGACACAUGGAGCCUUCCAGGUGCCCUCCAUGAGUCCCAAUCACUCUGUAGCUGUCCACCCUGGGGCCACACCUACAGGAAUCACAUCAGCCCCCAGGGCCACAAGAGACCUAGCUGACCGAUUCAGGUUGAGCGCCAUUGCCCAUCCUCCUCGGGCUGAUUGAUUGGCCCAGAGCCUCCAGAACUGUGUCCCCAAAGGGCAGGUCAUGGGCUACAACCCCAGUCCAGGAGUGCCUGCUCUCCAGGGACUCCUUCCGCUAAGCAGGCACUGAGCAGAGCACCAAAGGGGGCUUGGGAGUGACUGCAUGUGUGUGCCUGUCCAGGCAACCUAGAGUCUGUCUGUGCCUGACACCCUCUGACAGUUCCGGAGUGCAAACGUGUAGGUGUGAGGGUGUGUGUGUGUGUGUGUAUAGCCACAGCUGCUAGCAGAGGUUCUAAUUAGAGAAACAAGAACAUUCAGUGUAAGUUUAAUUUUAGAGAUUAAUUAAUUUUCUGGUUUUCAUUUUCCCUGGCAAUCAGUAAAGCUACCAAGAAAAUAGACC